GCCAGCUGACCCGCGCAGACAGACAGCUGCACGCUCCACGCAGUGUUGGUUGAACACGCGUUUUAUCCUCGGUGACAGAAGUGUGUGUGUGUGUGUGUGCGUGUGUGUGUGUGUGUGUGUGUGUCUGCAGCAGCAUGUCUGAAUAUCCCACAUUCCAGCAUGGCAGCUCUCGUUUCGACCAGAGCACGUUUUUGGGUCGGUUCAGGCACUUCCUGGAUGUGAUCGACCCCAGCACACUCUUUGUGACGGAGAAGCGGCUGCAGGAGAGCGUGGAGCUGCUGCGCCGCUUCAAGCAGGGAACUCUGCCUCCAGGAGUGACGGACGCUCAGCUUUGGCAAGCUCAAAAAAUAAAGCAGGCCAUCAUCCACCCUGACACGGGGGAGAAGAUCCUCAUGCCCUUUCGGAUGUCAGGUUUCAUCCCAUUUGGAACACCAGUGGUUGUUGGCCUCCUUCUACCAAAUCAGACGCUGGUGUCAACCAUCUUCUGGCAGUGGUUAAACCAGAGUCACAACGCCUGCGUCAACUACUGCAACCGCAACGCCUCCAAGCCGGCUCCAGCUUCCAAAUUCGUCCAGGGAUACCUCGGAGCGGUGACCAGCGCCGUCUCCAUCGCUGUCGGGUUGAACGUGUUAAUCCGUAGAGCCAGCCGCUUCAGCCCAACGACCAGGCUUUUGGUGCAGAGGUUCAUCCCCUUCCCAGCAGUGGCGAGUGCAAACGUCUGCAACGUGGUGCUCAUGAGACACUCGGAGCUGUCGGAGGGCAUCAGCGUGCUGGACGACAGCGGGAACGUGGUGGGAACGUCCAAAGUGGCGGCCAGGCAUGCACUUUUAGAGAUGGCUUUGACCAGAAUGGUGCUUCCGAUGCCGAUUCUGGUGCUUCCCCCCCUGAUCAUGACUGUGCUGGAAAAGCUUCCUCUCCUGCAGAGACAUCGGAGGCUCGUCCUGCCCGUCCACAGCCUGGUUUGCCUCGCCGCCUUCGGACUGGCGCUGCCUCUCGCCAUCAGUCUCUUCCCACAGAUGUCCCAGAUCGGUGUGAACGAGCUGGAGCCGGAGAUCGCCGCGGCCACAGACUGUAAGAUUGUGACAUACAAUAAAGGCCUGUGAGCGAUCCCCCCCCCCCCCCCGAAGACGCGACCUGCUGCUCGUCACCGACGCUGCCAGAGAGUAAAACGAUGGUAAAUUUGGCCGUGUUAUCCGGCGAGCAGUUAGCAUAUGUUUACAGAGAGAGAGGAUAGUGAGAAUACACAGUGUUUAUGCCAAGACAAUGGUUGUUAGAUAAGCAACAACACAUGAUGACAUACUGUGAUAUAUGAAAAUAUACAUGAUGACACCUCAGGAAGGAUUGUCGCUCUUACCGAGGAUGUAACGCAAAAUAACUGAGCCGCUCAGAAAGAUUUGCAGUAGAGUUUCGAUCAGGCUAAUGUGCUUCUUUAGUUUAACAGCCUGCGAGACGUGCACUCGUGUUUCUAAGGGCUGUUGCUCUAACCUAAAAUGAUUGUAUGAUCGCAUGAUUAUUGUGGAACAGAUUCACGAUGACGAUAUUAUCGCUACAUCUAAAGAAAUCAGGAAAACAAAUUCAACCAAUGAGCUCUAUUGUUAAAAUGUGUUAACUGUGUGUUUCAUCUCUUUGAUGAUAAAUGAAUUACCCUCAAAAUCAAAGUGUUAGGAGGUCGAGAGAGUCUGUAACAUACCUGUAGAAAUAUACCGACAUCUACUCAAUUACUUUAUGAACAAUUUUUAUUAGAGAUGCUCCGAUCUACUUCCAGGACGACAGGCCGAGCGGCGACAGAUAAAUCUGAUUCUGUGCUGCUCACAUUUAACCACUCACGCCCCAAACGGGACCGCCGGUCCAAACCUGGAAGGUUUAAUCCAGCCUGGGCUCUGGUGUCUCUCCAUUUUCACAACUAACAGGCAAUUAACUCAAAAGAAUUUCAGUAAUCGUGAGGAAGAAUGAGAGGAUGAAGAUAGCAGCAGAACCCGUCUACAUGAUUGUGUGUAUGUAAAAUAAGACGGUAGAAUUUCACCAGAAGGAAAAAUGAGAGAAAAAUAAACUAAAUUGUGUUUAUCAGAAUUUAGUUUGUUUCCCAACAUUACCUGCCUGAACACUCACCUCCCUGCUGAAGAGGGACAUUGUGUGAUGAUUUAGCAAACCAACACUUUACUAUCUGUUGCAUGAUUAAAGAAACUAAAACUUUUGGAUGUGAUUUUUGUUGAUGUGCUGCUGAAUUAAUCUUCAAAACACCCCAGAACUGUUUCUCAUUUAAAGUCUUUUCUAAUACCUGAGUUGUGUUUUGGUUGUUUGUUUGUAUUUUCACCUCGAGGCAGGUAAUCAUGAAAUAUUAACCAACGCUAAAUUUCCAAUAUUUGCCUUGACGUCCAGGUGAUUCUGUCUUUAAAGUUGUCAAUUACAUUCCCUCCUUAUAAACUGUAAAUACACAAACUUAAUAAUCCCCGUCAAAUAAAGACAUUUUGAUAAAUUGACUCUCAAA